AUGGCCAAGGUGGACCCCAAGAGCAAUGAGGUGCUCACUAAUUCUGAUCGCCAAUACGCUGUGGUGGAGGAAGACGAGAAACGGGACCCUGAAGCUGUGAUGGCGAUUCACGCUACAGCGAAUAUCGCACUUUUGCUUGUUGAGGGACCGGUCAAGCGAAGGCUCAAAGAGUUCGAAGAUUACGGAUUCUCUGAAGGCUCGGAGACAAAGUCAUCAGACGUGGCCAUCACACGCGACAGGCGACCAAUCUGA